GCGUGGUUGCUGUAGAGCGCACACACGCACCAUUUUCGGCGUAUUAUCUAUUGCGCAUUUGUCUUCGAUCCUUUUUCGUUGAGCAGCAGCCCCGAACACGUCGAUCGACAUCAUUCCGUGUUUGACACGUCUCUAGUUCGUCCCAACAUAUUCAAUCGAUACUUGUCGCGUCGUACCGAAUCGGCUGUCACUCUUGUUAUUAUCUUUGAGUGACACAACUAACAAUAUAAUCGGACGUUCGUUGGAGUUAGUAGUCCAGAAUUGGAAAUUCGGUGACAAUCAGAGGGAGAGAGAGAAAGAUAAAAUGACGCCAAGGAUAAUAUGCGACGCGGAAUCGCGGCCAGUAGUGUCGGUAUGUUAGAGAGGUGACUCGCGAGAGCGCGUCAUUGUCGUUCCGCGACACUGUUUAUGUUUUGAUACGCAUUUUUGACGCCCGUCAUGCAUCGCGCGGGUAUCCUCGAUCCUUUUGCGUGCAGCAGCAGCCAUGAACACAUCGAUUGACAUCGCUCCAUGUUUGGCACGUCUCUAAUCUGUCCCAAGUGAGUCUCGCGUGCAAAUAAGUAUUCGGGAGUGUCGAAAUAGCGAUGUGCGAUCGUCGGGACAUGUCGUAAGUACUUUAUUAGGCAGUAAUCUCUCUCGGCAUACUUAACCGGUGCGUCGUGCCGCGAGUCAGUGUUUCUAUCACUCUCGUUAUUACCUUUGACUUACACGAUUAACAAUAUAAUCGGGCGUUCGUUGGAUUUAUCAGUCGGAAAUUCGGUGGCAAUCAGAGGGAGGGAGAUAAAAUAAUACCAAGGAUAUACGCGACGCGGAAUCGCGGUCGGUAGUGUCGAUAUGUUAGCGAGAAGGGGAGGGAUCUAUGUAUCCGCGAGAGCGCGUCCUUGUACCGCGACAUUAUGUUUUGGCGCGCAUUUGUGGCGCCCGUCAUGCAUUGCGCGGGCGUCUUCGAUUUUUUCUGUGAAGCAGCAGCCCUGAACACAUCGAUCGACAUCGCUCCGUGUUUGACAUGUCUCUAGUCCGUCCCAAGUGAGUCUAGCCUGCAAAUAAGUAUUGGGAGUGCCGAAAAUAAUGGUGUGCGAUCGCCAGGACGUAUCACAGGCCAUGAGGUUUGGCAGCCAGCCAGCCAGCCAGCCAGCCAGCCGACCAGUCAGCCAGCCAGUCAGCCUGUUGGACAGCGGGUGAACUCUUUUCGACAAAUUUCAAGAUCUCUCUCUCUCUCCCCCCCCCCUCUCUUCCUCUUCUCACCGUUCGUUAAUUAAUCCACCGCUUGGCCAUGAAACCAGUCGGGGUCUAUCGGCAGCUCUCCCCUCUCUCUCUUUCUCUCUCGAAUCGCGCCUUUCGCGUUUGUCCUGGUUUCGUUGCCAUUUGUCGUCGCCAUUAUCGUUAUUGCGCUCAUAAUCUACGCGCGCGCGCGCUUGAAGAAAAGUAUAGCCGUAAGGGCAGUCGCCGUAGAUUUAACGUCAGCGGAUAACGAUCGUCAUGCAAAUUACGCGAAUUCUACACCGCCCCCCUCCCACAUCUCCCGCGACCGCGAGGGGCCGUGCGGGCGCAAUCGCACGCGUCGGUAAGAAUAGGAAAGAAACCGCCGACGCAACGGUGGAAAAAAGCGCGUCAUGCGGCGGUCGAUCUCGUAUCUGUCAGUAGAUAACAUCGAAUUCCAGUCACGGCUCACCCACUCUCGCUCUGGGCAAGUUCCACGCCCGUGAUAAGAACGGCACGCGCCCCCGCCCUUACGACCUAAAUUCGCGAUGACAGCGGGUGAUCAGUCUUUCUCCAGUCUCUCGUCAAUCUCGAGACAAUGCGUGUAUCUUGAUUAGGCAAAUUUAAUUUCUUUUCUUCUCUUACAUUCUUAAUGCGUAAAGAUGAUGGAAAACUGUGUAAACUCCGAUUAAACAAGUUAACCUUUCGUCUGCGCUUCCUUGUUUUUUCGCGAUUUGUUAUGCAAGCUGCUUUUUUUCUGCUGGUAUAUUGACAGAAAAGAUGUCUAAAAAAUAAGAAUAUAUUUCUUACUAUAAUAACAUAUUCACUUAUACUGGUAUUAAAUAUUUUUUCAAAAAAAGAAUAUACAGCUUCUUAAAACUUUAGCUUCUCAUAUAGAAAUUGUUCCACUUAAAUCGAAGAAUUUAAAUCUAAAUAAAUAUGUUAUUAGUACCUACCGAAUAAAUAUUUUCUAUCUUUUAGAUAUUUUUUCUCUCAGAGUAUGAGUAAAAUAAAUCGGAGCAAAAAUUUUCUCGUUAUUUUAGGUCUCUAGAUUUUCUGGUCGGAAUAUUGUUUAGCGCGCCUUCAGUGUUUACAAUUUUUUUUCUUAAUAAAAUCCGUAAUAUACUGUUGAAAUUUCGACUGUCCCCAAAAUGAUCCACGAAGCAAACGGAAGAUUAACGUGCAUUAAACAAGUGUAAGAUAAAGCUAUUCGAAGGCAGUCAAAGAGCGCCACUUUCUCCGCCCGUCGUUCGACGAUUCACGACUGUGAAAAUGAUUUCCUCGUGUGGAAUGGACGGAGAAUCGUCCUGGAGGCUCGAAGCUUGCUCUGAGAAAGAGGGACGAUCUCCGCGCGGCGAUGCUAGUACGAUAAAGAAAUUCCCAUGCGAAUACAAACGAGUGUCCACUGUGUUUCUCGGAUAUACAUUCAUCGUGCUCUGGUUACGGGCCUGGCGAAUAAACGCCGUCGCCACCGCCACUAACGUUUACCCAUAAAUCAAUUUAAUCGUGCGUACAGAGCGAUAAGCAUCGCGCGUGAGUUAAUGUAAUCGUCCCAGUGCCUCGUCGCGCUCGCGGUCCAGAGCCUGUAGUUUCUCCGCCUCACCUCGCAAAAACUACAAUCCGGAGCGUUACUCCCCCCUCCCCUCCCCCUGGCCUCCCGGCUUCCCCUUUAAUGCGAGAUUUAUCGUCGUUUAGCCUACGACCUGCCGCGCUCGCGAACGUGUCCGCCCGCACGUGCGCAAUUUUCGCAACGUGAAUAAUCACUCUCCUCAAAACGCCGUCAACCUUUUAUCGUUAUUUAUAUCGACAAGGAACGACCGAUGACUCGUGCGUCGCUUCCGUGUAAAGAAAGUAACUUUUAUAUAAGCGUGUGCUGCGCGAAUUUUCGUGGAUCGUAUUUUUGCAUAUAUUAUUUGAGAGUGUCAAAUCAAAUUUCAGCGAUUAGCGGUGCGCGGUAGUGAAAUGGGCGCGACUGGAACGAUUGAAUAUCGCGAAACAGGACAAUAAUAUUGUCGUACACGUCAAACCAUAACGAGACAAACAACAUAACGGCUCUCUCAAGCGCGACUCGACAGGUUGGAGGUCGCGCAACCUUCAAAACAACAACAACAAUACGCGUUAGUCUAUGUUCGACGAACAAGCGAUCAUAACAGUCUUAGACGCGAGGUCGAGCGUAGCGGGAGUGACGUCGCGCGUUGUUUCCGAUAUUUCUGAAUCCAUAGUGCGUGCGUGUAUAUGUGUGUGCAUGCAAGAGAGAGAAAGAGACAAAUUACGAAGUUUUGUGUACAUCAUUAUCGGGAACAGUUGCAGCAUCCUGAAGUAUGAAAGAUCUGGCGGAGUUGGCAGCUGCACAGCGGUGCAACUACAGAGAAAGAGAUGGAGGGAGGGAGAAAAGAGUGAAUGAGAAAGAGAGAGGAAGAGAGAAAGAAGGAUGCAGUCCGGGACGUUGCGGAGGUUUUCGUCGGUGGAUCUGGCUGAACGUCGGCGGGCUUCAACGCGAAAUGAUCUGGCGAAGUUUGCGGCCACAUGCUGGCUUAUAAUUAUCGAGAGAUGCAGUUCCGGUGGACGCGAUUGCCGCACCGGAGGAUCCGGUUCGGGCUUUGCGGGGUCCGCUAAAAGAAUCCUGAACCGACCCCGAGUUGCGAUAUUUUGGUCGUUCGUGGAACUCGAGGAUGCGGUGGCGGAUGGGGCGGAGUCGAGGGCGCCGCGUUUGACGAAGUCACCCAGCCAAAAACGACGGUCUUCGUCGUCGUCGUGGUCCAACAGCCUUGAAUUCGUCGUCCAGACCAUCAUUAGAGCGAUCACCAAGAGCGGCACACCACGUGAGCACAAGAAUCGGCGCCGUAUCGCUUCCAUGGACCUGACGGAGGCUUUCGCGCCGGGAGGUGGCGGCGAGGACCUGCCGAAGACCGAUUUCUUCGACUUCGUAGUGUCGCCGCCGCCGCAUUGCACCUCUGCCGACGGCGUCUCCGACGAGGAGAGCUUCCUGCACCGCGGCGGCUGUCGCAGCAUGGGUUACCUUCAACAGAGCCACGAGGACCACGAGAAUCCGCGCGCCGAGCUGCACGGCUCGCCGUUCCUCAAGGAGACCAACAACAACACGCUGACGGCGUUACCACCCGUCUCGACCAUCACCGGCUCGUUGAGCCAUCAUCAGCACCACCAUCACGCUCAUCACCAGGUCGGCCGUUCGCAGCAUGGGGGCGUGCAACAGUCCAACGAUGCCACCGCCAUGGACCAGUCCGAGUGCGACUAUUGGGGCACGGCUGAGGACGAGGGCAAGGAACAAACAUGCAACAUCCUGUUGGAGGACCUCAACAGGAGCUACUGGUCGUCGAACGCGCACACCAACGACACCGGUGUCAUUCACCAGGCUGGGCCCAACGACCAUCACCAGGCGGUGGGCGGUCGUGGCUGCAAUGCCAACGACCGGCAGAACACUGACGGUGCAAUCUAUACGCUGACGGUGCUCAACAACGAGGCCAACUCGAUGGACGGUUUAGACUGCUGCAAGAGCCCGGCGCCCGCCUCCGGCGAUUCCUGGUCCCUCCGGCCGAACCUUGACCUGGACGCUAUUCUCAGCAUGGAGCCGUCUUCCGGGGACCCAGAUCAUGAGCAGCAGAUCGCCAGCGAUGUUAGCAGGAGCGUGAACGAGAGGUUUCAUCCGGACCGCUUCACCGUGCCGACGUCGCAAUACACUACUGACGACAGUGGCUUCGUCGAGAGCAAAGAAUUGUGCGCACGAGCGUCCUCGGCCAAUUGUUCCGGCGACAACAAUAACGACUGGAAACUGUCGGAUCAGAACCUCCAAGAGGUCGCUGCUGCGGCCGCGGCCGCGGUCGCCGUCGGCGCCGGUGAUUCUGCCGAGAGUCUGCUGCGAAGCGCUCUUCAAGGUAAACUGUACACCGGACCGACUCAGUCGGUCCCCUCGCCUUCGCCAUCCUCACAAGCGUCCACCAUCUCGAUGCCAGUCUCGGGUAGCAGCGGUCUCUUGGUGUCCGAUCAACAGCAGCAGCAGCAACAACAACAGCAACAGCAACAACAGCAACAAGAGGACUCCAUGCACGCGUGCACCGACGAGGAUCUUCUGCUGUCGCAGUUGGAUCAGACGACUUAUCGACCGGGCGAUUACGAGAAGUUGAAGAGCAUCGCUAACGAGGUGGUGGAGUCGUACUGCAGCUUAGAGCCGGUUUGCAACGUGUCGGCCACCACCACGGUGAUGUACACCUUGGACCCAGCAAGCGGCAGCUUGGGCACCAUUACGUUGCCGGCUGACCUGGGUCAAGUCAGCACCGUCACAGUGGUCACGGCCGCUCAACAGGACGUCCUUCAGCAACAGACCGCUCAGCGAGCUGAGGUGGAGCAGCAGCAGCAGCAGCAGCAGCAACAGCAGCAGCAGCAGCAGCAGCAGCAGCAACAACAGUCGAAUCAGCUGCAGCUCACCUCGGCUCGCGUCGGUGUCACCUCCAAGCCGGCGAAGAAGUACUGCAGGCGCGGCAAUCGCAACAGCAACAACGCCAACGGCGCCAGCAACGGCAGUGCUGGCGCCGAGGCCGGCGGCAACGCCGGUGGCCAACAGCAGGCCGGCUCCGGCGGCUCGCCAGGUAGUGUUCAGCGCAAGGAACGCUCCCUGCACUACUGCAGCAUCUGCAGCAAGGGCUUCAAGGACAAGUACAGCGUGAACGUGCAUAUCAGGACGCACACCGGCGAGAAGCCGUUCGCCUGCUCGCUGUGCGGCAAGAGCUUCCGUCAAAAGGCCCACUUGGCUAAGCACUAUCAGACUCACGUCACUCAGAAGCCCAGUAUCCAGCAGACUUCCAGUGGCGGCGGCGGCGGCGGCAGCGGCGGUGGGAGCGCAGGUACCGGCGGGAACAACGGCAACGUCAGCCCCACGGCGGACAGCAAUGUCGCCACUUCCGCGUCCUCCGCUAUCGCCAGCAGGAGUCAAGUGGACCCCACGGGAACCGCUUGCAACCCUCCCAGUUAGUUGGCCGAUCGACGACGGGCGCGAACGAUCGUCCCUCUUCUCGUCGACGACUUCAUAGAUGUCUUUCUUUUUAUCUACUUAUUUCUUUCUUUGUAUUUUUUAUUUCUCAUUUUUUUCUUCUCUCAUAUGGAAAGGAUGGCAGCCGUGGCUGGUUUCUUUCCUCGCCCUCCAUUCUUUUCAUUCUUUCUCUCAUUUUCCUCUUUUUUUUGUACGAAUAUACGCGUGGCGUGGUAUGAAACACUACGACGAUGAUUUCCAUGACGGAAACGCCGAGUUUCUUGUUUUCUUUGCGAGAAAGAGCGAACCAUGACGAGCGGUAGGAUAGACGCGUCGUGUGUACCGGGUGUCGCUGAACGGACUCUCGCGAGGAGAAGCUCGAGGAGUAGAUUUUUCGGGGAGCCGUCGAAUUCACAGACGAGUUCCGAGUCAUCGUGCGGUUCGAAUUAAGCUACUUGAGUCGGAGUUACUUUUGACUUGACUGAUCUUAAGUUGACUCGAGAUACUUGACCCGAGUCAACUCGUGUGUUUAAUGAGCUCGAGUCGUCGCUCGAUUUAGCGCGACUAACUCGUUGAUUAACAAGUCCGACGGAACUCGGAUUCUUGCCGAAAAGAAAUACCAAUUCCGCAUUAUAUUUGUAGGAUAGCGGUCAUUCUCCGAGACACCUUGUACAUCGAUGGAAAAACGAUGUAGCGAGAAAGCACGACCCCAAAGGUCGAUUGAAAUGCUAAUUGAAAGCCCCGACCUUUGUUUCCGAGAUUUUCUAUCCUAACGGCGGCAGUCUGCCGCCGCGCUUUUUGUAUUAAUUAUUAAUUAUUUACGGACAAGGAGCUCAAGUCGCUCCCCCUACUAACAUGACACCCGUGAAAUUAUUGUUCCUACCAUGAUUCAAUUACCGCUAAUGACAUUGACGACGAGGACUACGACAAUGACGACGAGAGGCGGACAGAAUGACGAGUGUUUAUAGGCUAAUUACGACAAUUAACGAUAUUUAAUAGCUACGAGAUAUAUAUUAACGUUGAAGAUGUGUUAUAAAAAAUAAAUCUUUUAUAUAUAUAUUAUAAUAUAAUAUUAUAUAUGCGCACGGAGUGUCCCCCACGAAACCGCCGGAGACAGCUUCUGCGGCCGCUUUGAGGGCGAUUUUUCCAUGGCGAAAAUAUGGAGGGAUUUUUGGAAAGAAUUUAGAACUUUUUUGCAAACAUUUUCGCACCAGAGUUUCUCUCUUCGGAGGCUCUUAGUUUGCCGGACGAUCGUCUCUAGCCUCGACGUUUUCACGAAGGAAAAGUCGAUCCUAAGUCGACCGAGGAACUCGCAAUGAGGUAGAAAGAGAGAAAGAGACAGAUAUAUCCGGUAAUUUUCCGGGGCAUGCCGUGUCAGGAGAGACGCAGAUAGAUAGAUUAGGGAGUGUAACUUAGAGCGAUAAGUGCAGAGUAUCGAGAGGAAUACCCGUUAAUAAGUAAUUAGUAGCAUGAGCUGUGAUUUAGGUACAUACUCAACGAGCGGUUAGAGCGAAGCAAACGUAACGAGAAUGUAGUGCGCUAUUCUCCCAUUGGUACUCUCAUACGUAUGGUUACUAUUUUUUCUUCCUUUUCUUUUUAACCUCUCCCCUCUUAUCUCUCUCUUUCGCGCGCGAAAGCGCGCGGCAGCGGCUGGAGAAGCAAUCAAUCGCGACGAUAAUUGUUCCCGAUCACUUCUAACUGGUAAAACGCUGCGAAUCGAGCGGCGCCGCACCGUGUGUGCGAGCAUCGACGGCCGGAAGAAUCGCGUCGCUCUCAUCUCAUCGUGUCCCACCUUUUCACACGAUUCCGCCCGCGAGCCGCUCGCGGAACACGAGGGUUUUCCCCGAGGCGCCGAAGGGCUUCUUCUCCUCACUGCCUUCGCGUGAACGGUGCGAUUGUCGAUCGAAUGCACGGAAUCGAUCGAUCUCGUCGACAAUUGCGUCCGCAAGCGCGACGUUCGUUCACUGCCGUCGUUACCCCGACUACCUUAAGCUCUGCCUACCCGAAGCUCGUCGCGAUUCUUCCGGUCUUCUUCUUCCCUUCAGUCGCAGCGCGACCGCGCGUACACCGGUCUGUCCGGCGAGCGCGGCGAUCCGCAGGUGGAAACGCGCGCGGAUUCCAGCACAGCCUUGCGGAGUGCAUACGCGUGCUACAUUUUCCGGGGGCCGCGCGACCCCCGUAAUAACGUCGAGCGCGGAGGUCAGAGUUUCCGAGAGGGAGCAAGGGAGGAAGGGGGAGGGGAGCCCUCGAGCUAUUGCGAGGUCCGCCGGCCCGGGUAAUUACACGUUGCGUCUAUAUUGCGUUACGUGCAUACAUCGCAUGCAUACGCCGCGCGGUGCACGUGCAUACGAGCGCAUCGAGGCGAGCGCAUCGGCGGCGCGUCGCGUCGCGUCGCGCAGCGCAGAUGGCGAUAAAUCCGCGGCAAAUUUAUCGAUCGCGUUUCGUUCGCGAGCCGUUAUCGGCAUUAUUAAUUGCUCGCGCGACGUGGAGGAGGUGGUUAGCGAGAGCCCUCGAGACGCGGCGCGUGUCUGAAAAACGCGACAUCCGACUCUUUUAUCCGAACGACCCAGUUCUGUUCUCGCGAGAUUUCCAAACUUGUGCGUCGCUCUUAUCCGUAGAAAGUCAUCCGAGUCGCUCGAGGAGAACGGGAUCCUCCGCCGCGGAGUUUCGAGUUCGAGCUGAAAUUUCUCACGCCACUCACAUAGUAAGGGUUGGCGAAGUGUGAUCGCGCGCGCGGGCGCGAUCUUCGAUCGAAUGCUUUCCUUCGUGAGCGUUCGUUAAGAAAAUCCGAAGGAUUUAGAAAGUUAUAUCGCGUGAUGUGCCGCCGGUCGCCUCCCUUGCCGAACUCCGCCGAUUCGUCCAAUUUGCGUAAUUAGUCACGUACGCGCGCAACGUAAUCGAGACUAUUCUUCCGCCGCAUCAGUACGCCAAUAUUCAAUCGACGACGCGGGCAGCGGCCAAGUGGACUCGCGGGGAUACGCAUCGUCAGGCGCCUCUCGAAAAAAGAGAGAGAGAGAGAGAGAAGUAAUGACGAAUAAUGCUUCUCAUUCUUUCUCUGACUAUAUUGGAUUGGAAUGCGCGCAUACAAAGUAGGCGCUCGAAGAAAGAGGAAUUGCGAAAUGACGUUAUUCGUUAUUCGGACGCAAUUAGCCGAUUUGGACUGGAAGAAGAGGCGCGGAGAAAUUGCAAAAGAUUAACAUCUUGCAUCCUAAUUAAAGCAGAUAUAAGCAAUAAGCGGAUUAUAGUGAUUAUAGUCUGCUGUCUAAUUUCAAUGAAUUUAUCGUGCCGAUCGUAUCUCGCCGCUUCGUGCUUUGGAAUGCUAAUUACAUGCGGGUAAAAAUCCAUAAAGGAAGCCCAAGACUGCAAGACACGAUUUCUACAUUCAAACAUUGUGAAUAUAAAAUUACAUAUUGUAUUUGUUGAUGAGACUUCAUGAUUCAGGGCCCAACCAUACCGCCAUUAAUCGUUACGCUGUAGCGUUUAUUUAUUUUCGAAAUUAAUUUUCAAUUAUUCGCUCCUCAUUACGUUGCGUGAUGCAUGAAGGUAAAAGCCUUCUUCUUCUUCCUCCUUAUGACCUGGUGAGAUAUACCAUUGGCCAAACAUCGAAUAAGGUUCAUGAAGCUCCGAAAAAGAGAAAUGUAAUUCCAAAAAUUAGAUCCUUAAAUUAUUCUUCUUGACAAAGCUCUCCAAAAUUUUGUAGGCUUCAAUUCUCUUUAAAAUCUGUAUCAAUGAUAGAGGUAAAAAUCUCUUUCCACGAAUUGCGCGUUUUAUCGUGAUUCUCGCAAUUUUUAUAUUUAUGUUUAUAAGCUCUCCAAAAUUUUGUAGGCUUCAAUUUUCUUUAAAAUCUGUAUCAAUAAUAGAGGUAAAAAUCUCUUUCCACGAAUUGCGCAUUUUUAUCGUGAUUCUCGCAAUUUUUAUGUUUCAAAUAAACAAUUUUACUGUUUCCAUCUCACAGAAAUCAUUUAAUUACUAGAUAAGACUAAGAUAAAUUUAUAAAAUAUAAGGAGCAAUAAAUUUUUUUAUCUAUUUAUAUCUAUCUAUAUACAUUAUUUCUAUGGGAUCAAACUUGUGCGCGCGCGAUGAUUCAAUUUAUAUUAAAAUUUAGACGUUUUCGUCUUUGGUGUUGAUGCACUGAGAGGAGAAAUAUCUAAAAAAUACACUGAGAGGAAAAAUUACUGGAAAGUUUAUUCAUGGGAUGUAAAGUUUAUUUCCCUCUUUGAAGAAACUUUAUAUCCUGGAAGUAAAUAUUCUAGUGUUAUAAAACAUGGAAAACAACGACUAAUAACGAAAUAAAUAUUCUAGUAUUAUAAAACAUGGAAAGCAACGAUUUUAAGAAAACGUAUAUAUUUCUUUAUUUGAAGGAAAUAUCUUCUCGAUGUACAAACAUGGAUAUUAAUGAAUAUGCUACUAGUGUCCGCCUAACAAACGUUUUCUUUUUUUUUAGAUAUUUUUCUCUCAGCGCAACCGCGACACGUCGCCGUAAUUCACUUGUAAUCACCGCCACUAGUCAAAGUAAAGCCGAUCUCUCGCAACAAGGGGAGUUCAAUUAGAGAAUGGGACGAACCAGGCCGCGCGCGCUGGAUCACGAUCGACGAUAGGAAAGGGGCCUUCGCUCCUUCGCUCGCCACUUGCCACGUUUGUAGGGCACCUCGAUAUAAGGGCGUUAUUACGGCACUGCGUCUCGUCUAGGAUACUUAAAGACAUCGCGAUGAUGAGAACGACCUUAUAAGGGGUGUUUAAAGCUACCGCCGGUCGUCGACAGAUCGACGACGUCGACGGCUUUCACCAAUCUUGUCGAAUCGGAUUCUCUCGCCGACCCGCCCGACUUCUAAUCAGCCGAGGAAUUGGCCGCCGCCGAUCGAUCCUCGGCCUCGCGAUCGUGAAAGGAAAGCGGCAUUAUCAUCAUCAUCGUCAUCAUCGUCAUCAUCAUCUUCGUCUUCGGAUCCUUGGAUCGCGUGUCAUCCAAGGAUGCGAGUACUUUCCAGUCAACGUGUCGACCCGCGGAAUUAAACGCCUGUGCUGACAAACUCGCAUAAUGCAUAAGAUAAUAAAUCAUUCAUAAUUUUUGCAACAUAAAAGGAUGUUUCUUACAUUAGACAUAUCAUUGACUAAUCUUGUGCAUAGGUAAAAAAAAAACACUGUUGAAUUGAGAGAAUAUUGCUCAACAGCGCCGGAGUAAAUCUUCUUGACUCAAUGGCAGUACCAUUAAAACUGAUACUUCAGUAUUAGUUAUAAACAAUGUAUAAUGCAUUAGUUUCAAUAAUAUUGUUAUUGAGUCGAAAAGAUCUACAUGGAAAGAAUUUCUACGUGGAAAUACAUGAAAAGAAUUUUAUGGAAAUUACUGGAUAUUAGUAUGGAUUUGGUAAUGGAGGAAUAGAUCAAUAUUCUGUAUUAAUUGACUAUUUUUCAUCUCGAAAUCAGAUAAAGAAUUCACGCGGCUCAAACCAAAUGAGAGACUAAAUCUAAUAUUCAUGUAGCGAAAGCCUGAAGUAUCAAAUAUUUAAAAAUAUUUCUGACGAAAUUUACUACGUUCCUUUUGCGAGAUAAACUUACUGAAAAUCCAUUCCUGCACUACCAGAAAUAUAGUAAAAUUGAAAAGAAUUGAUAUUAAAAGAAAGUAACAAUUCUAUCGAUAUAAUACGAUUUUUUGUAUACUUUGUGCGACAAUGCAAAUUUGUCUGGAUAGGUUUUUACAAACUCGAAGGAUUUCGGGAGAAUUUCACGUUCACGGUUCCUGUAAAUCGAACGAAUACUCAAAGGAUUUGUUUUUCUCAAUGUUUGUUCCUCCUCGAUCUAUAUCAUUCGAUGCCGCUCUCCACGCGAUUUUCUUGUUCUAAUUCGAAAGAAUCGUUGCGAAUUAUCCCCCGUGGCUCUCGAAAGAAACCAAGAUCUCACGUCGUUCGAAUUUGAUGACGCGCGGAUAAUUUUCGUGAUUAGAGCUCGGGCGAGCUCACUUUUAACGGGUUGCGCAGCCUGUUCACCUUCUGAAGGUAGGACGGAGGUGUGGCGCACCUCGUCCUACAACAAUGAUCUCCAUAGAUGGAAGAUUGCGCGAAAAGAGCAACGCAAAGGUCGCCAUGAACGAAUCGCGUGCGGCGAACGCAGAGGAAAACGAAUUAUCGAUAGGAAAAGUCACGACGCGAGAACAAUCAUACGUGACAAUUCAAGCACUGAGAAAGAGAUUUCGUCGCGGAAGCAACGAUAGUCCGAGUAUUUCAAUGCGAGGGGGAGUUCUCAUUUCUAUCUUCCCUCAUAAGCGUAGCUUCUCUGAUCUGCAAAAAGUGGAAGACUGCACAUGUAACAGCACGAUAAUCCAAAAUUAUCGAUACUUCUCUUUUGACAAAAUUAUCGACUUCUCACUUUUAAUCAAAUGCAAUUUUUCUCCGCGCAGCUCACUUGCAAUCGAUUGAGAUCAAGCUUUGUCAGAAGUUUGACUUUUCCCGCUGUGAAGGUCUACUUUUAUUUUUAAAUAAUCGCGAUAUCCGCCUGACGAUGUGUCGAAACCGACGGUCGCUUCGUCCUUCCCAGAAGCGCGAAAUAAAAAAAAUAAGAUAAAAAACGAAUGAAAAGAAUACUCAUCGGAGUCCUCGGAUCCUUGGGAUCCGACGGCAUCCACGGAUCGCUGAUCUUUCCUUACGUUCGCGAGACACGCGCGUUCUCAAGUUAAUGUUACUUUCUUCUCAGCCUACUUUGCCUAGCGUGUACUAAAGCUAAUCUUAGAGGUAAUGGUGGCUGUCUAGCCCGUUAAGGAUACGAAUCCGAAUUCCGAGGUUACCAUGGUAACGAGAUGUAAAUGUGUAAGAGAGAUGUCUUUUUCUUUAUUUACUUUCUUUCUUUCUUUUUUUUUUUUUUUUAAUGAACAUUGCGACGCAAUAAUACUCAAGGCGGUCUCGAGAGCCGCGCAUGAAACAACGGAUAGACAUACCGGUGAAGUGAAAUGAAUUUGGCACACUUGUGACUGUAAAUGCGACCGCGAACUCGGUCGUGAAUUAAAGCCGGAAGCCAAACGGCUCCAUCUGUCUCCGCAUGCGCGCGGAGAAUGCGAAAUUUUUGUAUCCUUGGAGAAGCUGAAAAGAUAUAUGGUGUAUACCUAUACAAAGUGACCUAGCAUUAAUAAAGAGUAUCUCAACGAUGGACUUUCUGAGAAACACUUCUGAGAGAUCGCUUUUCCUGAUGAAAAUUUAACGGGAUUUAAAAAAAAAUUUUUUUACUUAUAUUACUUCUACAAACGCCCAAUAAAAUAUUAAAUAAUUUAGAUAAUAUUUAUCUAAUGUGUGUAUUUAUACUUAUUAAAUAACUUAAGUAAUAUUUAUAUUAAAGAAUAUAUUUAUCGAUGAAAAUCACGAAUAUACAUGCAAAAUUUUAGUUGAAAUUUUCUGUAUAGAAUCCGUCGUUAAGAUAUUCCUGCACGAUAUGCGGGGACACUCUGUAUAUGUAACGUGCGCGUCGGCCUACCCAGUACAAAAGCAGAUCGUUAUUAUGAUAUUUUUAUUAUGUCACGGAUUAUUGUGUUAUGUGAAUAAUUACAUUUUAUGUUGUUAACGAAGUCGUAAUAUAUAUAUAUAUAUAUAUAUAUAUAUAUAUAUAUAUAUAUAUAUAAAUAAAUAUAAAUAUAAUACAUGUUUCUAUACGUAUAUAUAGAUACGCAAAUAUAUAUAUAUAUAUAUGGAUUUAUAUAUAUGUACAUGUAUAUGUUAUGUAUACACACACACUAGCAACGUACCCAUACGUGCGUUAACAACGUUUGUGUCGAUAUUGACAAUCGUAUCGCUCUCUUCUUUCUCUUUUUUUAUACGAACUUCCCCGACCCUUUAGUGUAAGGCUCCUUGCGUUUAUUUUUCUUUUUUUUUAGCAAUAGAAACGAUUAUCCGAGUUUCUCACCCUCCUAAUAGCUCCGCUUCAGCAGUCGCGAGGAUCGUCGAACGAUCUACUAAGAUGAUCCGCGAGAAACAAUUCUCAUCGAGGAGAUAAAUCUUCCUUCUUUCUGCCGAGUGCAAUAUAUACACAUAUAUACAUGCAUAACGUACGAAAUUGCCAGCUAACUUAUUGUGUCAACGAGAAUAUAAUUUAAUUGAAUAAAUACGAGAUGAUGUUUAUAUAUAUAUAUAUAUAUAUAUAUAUAUAUAUAUAUAUAUAUAUAUAUCACAUAUAUGUGUGUGUGCACAUAUUAUUGUAUCGAGUUAAGCGUUUGUAUUGUUUCUUUCUUUUUUUUUCAAUUGUUUCGUUGGAAAUCGCGAUUCGUCGAGGAAUUUUGCGAGUGGCGCCGAUAAUUAUCGGGAUAUUGUAUAUAAUUGAACUAUAAACGGUUCGAAAAUAAGCGAGGACCCCGCGUUCCCUCCAAGAUCCUUCGAACCUCUAAUUAUCUCGAUCGAUUAUAAAUUAAUUAGUAUCGACUCGACCUUGGUAUAAUCGUCGUUCUUCUUAGUUUAAUUUUUAGUACAUUAGAUAAAUUCCGAGAAGCAUUGUGUAUAUAUAUAUAUAUAUAUACACACAAGAAAAAGAUGUCCCCCUGAACGAUCCUUCGGUAGGAUACUCUUUGCUAUUGCUCACGAGUGUACAAUAAUUCGAAUAACACACAUUGAAUGGCGGACCAGCCGGCACAGCAAUUUAGAGAUUUAGACGAAACGACGAAGAAAUGUACCUAUUAUUUUUGUACUUAGUUUUAAUAAAGGUUUAUAUGCUUUUUUAUAAAAAGAAA